AGUGAUGCAGAAUUCUUCUGUCCUCAUUUUCACUCACAAGAGCAGAAAAUUCACAUCUCAAGGUCUUACUCCAACAGAGUUUGAAGAAGUUUGAAACUGAUCACAACUGUCUUACAAACAGAGCAAGAACAAGAAUUUUGUGAUGUUUCUCUUCAGAAAGAGCAAAAGAGUGGAACUUCCCACUAAAAGAAGCAGCAAAGCUGUUUCCUUUCUGUCUCCUCACACAACUGCAACUUCUGACCCUGUGCACAUGUCCAUAUUAGGUUCGGGACAACCUAAACAGUUUGCUGCUGACUUGGAUGAUCUGUUGUCAUCAACCUCUAGCUCAAAGAAUAAAGAUCAUCAAGAUGGAGCUGGAGACUUUGCAAGUACAAAGGCGUCCCACUAUCAGACAAAAAAAGGAGCAGCAUUUAAAAGGCUUUUCAAAAGCCAGCGAGUUGUUCACCAACACCAGAUAGUCAGCAAACCUCCACAUGAAUCUGAGUCCAAAUCUGCUGACAAGAAAGGAAAAUCCAGUAGAAGGCUGUUUCAUAAACCAAAAGGUAGAAAGAAGCACAUUAAAUCAGCAGAAAAGGACGGUCAGGAGGCAGAGCAAGAGCUGGAUGCUGAGGCAGAACAAACUAACGUAAAAUCUAUUCAUACUUCUCUUGAACACAGCUCAAUGUGGUCCGAUAUCUUGGACCAAAAUCAAAGGUUUGACCAUAACAUUGUGUCAACUUCCCUCCCAAACACGCUACCUAAUUUUUCUGAUGUUGAGAAGAAUUGUUUUGAUACAGAAAAAAAGGCAAUAAACAGCAUAAAAACUGCCAUUCAGCCCGGCGGAAAAGAUUUAUGUGAGAUGAAACCAGGUGAAACCUUUAAAAAUAUGAAAGAAAAAGCAAAAAAGAGCUCAUUCCAAACAAUGAACUUCCGCCAAGCAGGGAAUACCGUCACGGAGAACAAUUCACCAGGUCCCUUGGAGCAUCACGUGGGAUCUGUGGAAACUGUAAAAGGAAAUGCUGAUACUUCUGGCAGCUACAAUCAGUUUUACAAAUUUAAGAAAAAUGUUUUCUUCUUUGACAUGGAGCCAUCCUUGAAAGAAAACAAACAGCAAAGCAAUGCUGAUCCAGCUUUUGGUGCAGAGAAACUCUACAUUUCUGGAGAUACUUGCACAGAAAGUAUGCCACCAUCUUUUAGGAUCUCGGCUAAAAGCGCAGGAACUGAUCAGCGAUUACAGAACAAACAAGAUGAGACUCAGGAAGGUCCUGAACACAUUUCUUUCAAGACCAUGAAGUCCAUCACUGAGGCCUCAAGUUACUCAGAUUUAUUCCUUAAUCCCCUGGAGUCACUUCGUCAAAUUAUUCCACCCAACCAACCCAGAAGAUCUUUAUCAGAACUGAGCUUUAAACAUUUCUCUGAUAGUUUCGAAAAGAGAGCACACAGGAGUUGUUUAGAGGCCUACCUGAACUCUUGUCUGCGUCAGUGGAGGGAGAUGAAGCAGAAACGUUCGUCAGAGUCAGCCACCGAGAGUCUUAAAGAACCUACCAGCUCCUCUGCAGAGGGUCGGGCAGAGACAGUUACUGAAAGGCUGUCCUCACAACCUGAUGCCCAUCCGACAAAUGUUAGGUCCAUUCGUAGCCGCUUCAAAAGAUUCACAAACGUGGUGCGGAAAAGACUCUCCCAGCUGUCCAAGAUACGCAUCGUUGUGACCAUCUAUCGCUGAUGGAUCUGACUGAGACGAACCAAGGAUCAUUUUUCCACUUUAAAAUAAAAAUUCUCAACUAUUAA